AUGAGAUUGAAUGGAUUAGUAGGGUGCGUUAUGUCAAGUCUUUUGAUGAUGGUCUAUGCUUCUACCUCAAAAGAAGACUACGAGGUGUGUCAUCGUGCUUGUAGCACGGAUUUUCUACCACAGAUUAGUGGACUGGUAUCCCGUGAGCGUGUUUACUCAGACUUUGAAGGCUUGCUUCCUUCAUGGUCCACAUGUCAAUACCGAUGCUAUCGAUGUCGUAUCCCGGGUGCUAAUCUCGCUAUGGAGAAUUUUAAGAAGAUGUUUGAUGAAAAUCGACAGAAUGCGCCUCGUGUGAUUGUAGAUAUUGCUCGCUUUCAAUGGAGUAUCACGCGUAGUUUGGAAGAUACUUGUUAUACACCUUGGCGUGCUGCUAUUCGGUCAAAUGAUACGGUCUCCACAUUUUAA